GGCGCCGCAGCGCCGUGCUGCGGCCCCUCGGGGUGGGUGGCUGCCGGUGUCGGGUGAGCCGGGCCGUGUCUGUGAGCGGCGCUGGGGCUGCACAGGGCGCUGGCCGGGCUCGGUGCGUGGGAGCGGCCGCGUCCCUGGAGCGCUGUGUGAGGGAGCGCUGAGCGCCUUCCCUCGGGGCAGGAACAAGGGGUUUUGCUGCCACGUUGGUUAGGAAGUCAUAUGAUGUCAGAAGAGUUGAUAUCACUCCCCUGGAGCAGAGGAAGGUGACUUUUGAUACCCAUGCUUUAGUGCAGGAUCUGGAAGCCCAUGGACAGUCCAAUAUAUGCAGAAUGCCUUGUUAUUAUUCUAUAGAAUGCAUGCUUUGUAGCUGCAGGCUUUGGGAAGGAGCAAGCACAGACCAUCGUGUCGGCGUUGAUAACCCUGUCCAAUGUCAGCUUAGACACGGUCUACAAGGACAUGGUUACACAGGCCCAGCAGGAAAUAACUUUACAGCAGAUAAUGGCACAUUUGGACUCCAUUCGAAAAGAUAUGGUCAUCCUGGAGAAAAGUGAAUUUGCAAACCUGAGAGCAGAGAAUGAGAAAAUGAAAAUUGAAUUGGAUCAAGUUAAACAGCAGCUAAUGACUGAAACCGGUAAAAUCCGAGCUGACAGCAAGCUAGACAUAAACCUGGAGAGGAGCAGGGUGACAGAUAUGUUUACAGAUCAGGAGAGGAAACUGAUGGAAGCAACUACAGAGUUUCAUAAAAAAGAUGCAAAUACCAACAGCAUUAUCUCAGAAAUCAGUAAUAAAAUUGACACUGAAAUAGCUUCCUUAAAAACACUCAUGGAAUCGAAUAAACUUGAUACCAUUCGCUAUUUGGCAGCUUCAGUGUUCACUUGCCUAGCAAUAGCACUGGGGUUUUACAGGUUCUGGAAGUAGAUCUACAUGGAAUGACUGCACUAGAUACAGACAGAAAAGGCCACCCAAGCAACACCACUUGAACGAUAACCUUGGCACCUUUUGGUUUUGAUAUUCUAACUGUAUAAUAAAAAUGCUUUCUGAAUAUGUAACACUAAAGAUCAAAAUAAGUGGGGGGGAAGUAGCCAAAUAGUAAUAUUUCAUUGCCUCCUAUUCAGUACUGUAUUUGUUUCAAAGUAUUUCUUACACUAUACCAGAAAGUUUCCUGAUAUCUUUUAGAAUUAAAUCAGUUUUCUUUCUGGAAAAUUCUCACUCUCAGCUCCUUUCAAAAUGGAAAUAUUAAACAUUUUUAUAUACUCUAGAAAUGGGAAUACAAUUCCCAAAUUAGAGUUCCCAGUAUGGGGAUGCUAAUACCAGAUUUCAACCUACCUAAUCUGACCCAAGUAAAUUAAUCUUGAACAUAGGUUCGGGAUUUUGCUGCCAGUCUGUUCCUCAAUUUUUGAUGAAUUGAAGCUUUGGGUUUUUUUAAUUGAAACCCUUUGGUGUUCUGAAUUGAAACCCUAAUCACAUAUCUUCAUAUGUAAAAACACACUCCAGGGCCUUUACUAAAGAACCCUUUUUUUUUUCCUUGAAAACUGAUUUACAUUAAUUCAAAAUCUCAUGUACAAAAUGUCUCUAUAGAUUUUUGUUUGUAUCUCCUGCAAUUUCUGUAAGCCCAGAGGUCCAAAGAAGGAGAAAACUUCUCUGUCUUUGCCUUUCCAAGGGGAAAUGCCUUCACUCCCAGCAGCUGUGUGGAGUCCUGAGACAGAUAAGUGCUCUUAACUUCCCCCAUCAAGUAGUGCAGAGUAUUUCCGAGAAACCUGCACAUAUUUUCUGGGCAUAGUAUCUGGCUUUUAAAAUGGAAAUACUCAGAAUCUCAGUGGUGCCAGGGUGGUGGUGGUGGUGAUCCUCCUCCCCCCUCCUCCAGGCUCUUUUGUAAUCCUGUGGGACACACUGACCCUCGUGUCUGACACUGCCUUCUGCAAGGACUUGACAGCUCCUGUUGCAGAGUUGCAACACAAGUGGCUGCCUUCCAAAAGUGAAGCAGUUCCAUCUUACUGAGUACAAGUGCAUAUGCUUGGUUUGAUUCUUUUAGUAUAAUACAUUUUUUUUAAGUCUUUCUGGAUUAACUUUGAAGUAAGAAUAGGUCUUUUAUGGGCUAAGGACUAUUGUAGUACUGAGUACUGGCAAUUUUUUUUAUUGCUGUUUUAUUCUGUUUACAGUUGAACUUCUGGUAUUCUGCCAAUUCUUAUAUUCCCUGAAUUAAAUUAUUUAUCAUCUUUAUUCAAAAAAAUAAAAUUAAUUUCUUAUA